GCACUUUGAAGUUGAAGCGGUGUAGCAACAUGCGCUGAUAAGAAAAUAUAUUUAUUUAUAAUUUUUAUUGCAGUAAUGUCUGAGACGAGAGGAGAAGGGAGUGUUGUUCGCUAUUACUGCACUUCCGGUAGCGGAAUGGAACUGUUUUUAGUUGACGAAGUGAAAAGAAAGUUGGCGGCUGAUGCUGUACGUCAAAUUCCAGGCAAGGUGUUGUUCAGUUCCUCUGCUACAAUCGACAGAGUCUGUAGCCUGAAAGCUGCAGAGAGGCUCUUUCUGCUGUUGAAGGAAGACUCACCAUUGAAGCUGUCCUCUCACUCUAGUCCAGCAAAGGCUUCUUCUGUGCUGCAAUCCAGACUGCUGGGGGAUGGAAAUCGAUGGCGCUGUGCUGUAACGACAUGGAGCCGCCUGCAGGGGGAGCUGGCAGCCCGCAGAAACGCCACUGCCACGGAGGGGAGAAGGAGUGAAAAACAGACAGAAGAGGGGGGAAAGUGCACGCUGGAGUCUAGGAAACGAACACUAGAGCUGAGGGAGGAGGAGAGUGAGAAUAAGAGGCUGAGAAGUGACGGACAACAUGAAUCACGGCCUCUGAACAAGGAAGGAGAGGAGGAUAAUAACAGAGAGGUGGGAAAAGAGGGACUUCAGCACUUUGGUGUGGUGACUAAUGUAGUAGAUCUUGAUAUUGAGAGUAGUGAAGAGAAAGACACAGAGAAGACUGAACCAAUCUUUAAAGGCAGUGCGUCUGAUCACACAACAGCAGGGCUGGAGUGUACCGUCGAAAACUGCAACAGGACAACAAAUCCCCUGGGAGCAGACGUGUUAUCUGAAUACGUGGACAAUGUUUCUUUUAGAGUUAACAGCAAGUGCAGUGGAUCGCUGGCCAGGUGCCUCAGUGCACAGGAGGUAAGCAAAGUGAUGGGUGCAGGUCUAAGCAAACUACUGGGCUGGAAGGUUGACCUGAAGAAUCCUCAGUUGGAGAUAAAUGUGUCUUUGAAUGAUGACUACUACCUGCUGGGGAUCCCAUUGACCAGGAGUCCUCUGGCUAACCGUGGUUACAUUAAAACCACAGGUCUGAGGUCUACAGUAGCCUGGGCCAUGGCCUCGCUGGCUCAGAUACAACCAGGCUUCAGUGUGGUUGAUCCAAUGUGUGGGGUGGGAACCAUCUUAAUAGAAGCUGCACAGGAACACAAGGAUGCCUGUUUCCUGGGUGUGGACAUUGAUGAUGGACAGCUGCAGAAAGCCAAUGAGAAUAUAGCAUUUGCAGAACUGGGGAGCAGAGUGCACAUUCUCAAAGCUUCAUCUAUGGCCCUGCCUCUGCCCAGCUCCAGUGUAGACGCUGUCGUCUGUGACCUGCCGUUUGGCAGAAAGUUUGGUACCAAAACAAACAUGGCUGCCAAGCUGCCGCUCAUCCUUAGCGAGAUGGAGAGAGUCCUUCGACUUGGUGGCAUCCUGGUUGUUCUCCUGAGUCCUCAGUUGUCUUCUGUCAUGAAAAAACUCCUAAUUCAAAAACAUUUUGAGUCAAAAUCUAACGAGGAAGUAAAGCCUCAAGCUGGAAUAGAAAACUGCCUUGUUCCAUCCUUUGAGCAGCAGCCUUCUCAGCAUCACUCAGAUGUCCCAUCCUCACCUGUCCAGGGCAAAGAGGUUCAGUUGUCUUCUCUGAAGCACCAAACAACUCUCAGAGUCAGCUUAGGAGCAAUAGAUGGGCUCAUUCAUAAAUACUUGAAAACACUAAUUUGAUCAGUAUUGAUAAAAGUGUCUGAGUUUUCUUUUCUUUGUAACAUAUAGUGCGGUAAAGGUUGACUGUGCUAAAAAUGUGAUAUUUUUUAGUGUUUAUUCCAUUUUAAGGGUAUCAAAUUAAAAAUUGAUAAAUUUUACAGUUGUACAAUUUUUGAAACUAUAUAUAAAACAAUAUUUCAGUUUAUCUUGUGGUUAUAAUAAAAAAUAUCAAAAUA